GUGGUGCCAGGGCGGGGGAGGGGAACUGCCCCCCUGACCUUCUGCUUCCCUUCUCCUUCCUCUCCGCCUCAUCUACCGCCUGUGAGCCGGGCCCAAGGUCGCGAGCGCUCUGCCCGAUUCUGGAGGGGCCCGGCCGGGGACGCUUUCCCUAAGCUGCCGCCCCGGGCUCCGGUCGGCCCUCCCACAGGAAGCGUGGGGGUGGGCAGCCCCCAGAGCUCAGCCUGGGCCGGGCAGCCCCAGAACCGCCGCUGCUCCGCGCCGCCGCCGCCGCCAGCGCCGAUGCCCGGGAGGCCCGCAGCAAUGUUUGGGAGGAAGCGCAGCGUCUCCUUCGGGGGCUUCGGAUGGAUCGACAAGAACAUGCUGGCCAGCCUGAAGGUCAAGAAACAGGAGCUGGCCAGCACCACAGAUGGGACCGUCCCGGACCGGCCCCUGUCCCCUCCCCUCACGGCUCCCCCCACCAUGAAGUCUGCAGAGUUCUUCGAAAUGCUGGAGAAAAUGCAAGGCAUCAAGCUGGAGGAGCAGAAACCAGGACCCCAGAAAAACAAGGAUGACUACAUCCCCUACCCCAGCAUUGAUGAGAUUGUGGAAAAAGGAGGCCCUUACCCGCUGGUCAUCCUGCCCCAGUUCGGGGGCUACUGGAUCGAAGACCCAGAAAACAUCGGCACGCCAACGUCGUCGGACAGCAGCAUCUUUGAGGAGGAGGAGGAGAACCUCAGCCCCGGCAUGUUUGGCUACAGACUGGAGUGCAAGGGAGAAGCGCGGGCGUAUCGGAAGUACUUCCUAGGGAAGGAUCAUUUAAACUUUUAUUGUACUGGCAGUAGUCUGGGAAACUUGAUUCUGUCCAUCAAGUGUGAAGAGUCUGAAGGCAUUGAGUACCUGCGGAUCAUCCUCAGGUCCAAAGUGAAAACCGUUCACGAGAGGAUUCCCCUGGCAGGACUGAGCAAGCUACCCAGCAUCCCUCAAAUUGCAAAGGCUUUCUGUGAUGAUGCCGUGGGACUGAAAUUCAAUCCCGUUCUGUACCCCAAGGCCUCCCAAAUGAUUGUGUCCUACGAUGAACACGAAGUCAACAAUACGUUCAAAUUUGGCGUAAUUUAUCAAAAAGCCCGCCAGACGCUAGAGGAAGAGCUGUUUGGGAACAAUGAAGAGAGCCCAGCCUUCAAAGAAUUCUUGAGUCUGCUGGGAGACACCAUCACACUACAGGAUUUUAAAGGUUUCCGAGGUGGCCUGGACGUGACCCACGGCCAGACCGGGCUGGAGUCGGUGUACACUGUAUUCCGGGACAGGGAGAUCAUGUUUCAUGUCUCCACAAAGCUGCCGUUCACUGAAGGCGACGCCCAGCAGCUGCAGAGAAAGAGACACAUCGGGAAUGACAUUGUGGCCAUCAUCUUCCAAGAAGAAAACACUCCCUUUGUCCCCGACAUGAUCGCCUCCAACUUCCUGCACGCUUACAUCGUGGUCCAAGCCGAGAACGCGGCUGGAGAGACCCCGUCCUACAAGGUUUCAGUCACUGCUCGAGAAGACGUACCACUCUUCGGCCCACCCCUGCCCAGCCCCCCGGUGUUCCAGAAGAGCCCUGAGUUCCGGGAAUUUCUGCUCACCAAACUCACCAACGCUGAGAACGCCUGCUGCAAGUCAGACAAGUUCGCAAAGCUGGAGGAUCGGACCCGGGCAGCCCUGCUGGACAAUCUCCACGAUGAACUCCACACCCACACUCAGGCCAUGCUGGGGCUGGGGCCCGAGGAGGACAAGUUUGAGAACGGAGGCCACGGGGGAUUCCUGGAGUCUUUCAAGAGGGCCAUCCGCGUGCGCAGCCACUCCAUGGAGACCAUGGUGGGGGGCCAGAAGAAGCACCAGAGCGGGGGCAUCCCAGGCAGCCUCAGCGGGGGGAUCACGCACAACAGCGUGGAAGUGACCAAAACCACGUUCUCGCCUCCAGUGACGGCCGCCACAGCCAAGAACCAAUCGCGGAGUCCCAUCAAGCGCAGGUCGGGGCUGUUCCCCCGCCUGCACACCGGCUCCGAGGGCCAGGCUGACAGCCGGACGCGCUGCGACAGCAUCUCGGGCACCCCCAAGACUCCCGACGGCGGCCAUUCCUCUCAGGAAGGGAAAUCGGAAACCUCGUCCAACCCCAGCUCCCCAGAAAUUUGCCCCAACAAAGAGAAGCCUUUCGUCAAGCUGAAGGAAAACGGGCGCUCCAGCAUCUCCCGCUCCUCGUCCAGCACCAGCAGCUUCAGCAGCACGGCCGGGGAGAGUGAGGCCAUGGAGGAAUAUGACAUUGUGAGCAGCCAGCCCUCCACAGCUUCGCCCUUCAAGCAGGAAGUCUUUGUCUACAGCCCGUCCCUGAACAGCGAGAGCCCCAGCCUAGUAGCAGCAGCGACCCCAGUUAUCAUGAGCCGGAGUCCGACAGACUUGAAGAACAGGAACUCUCCGAGGUCCAACCUGAAGUUCCGCUUUGAUAAGCUCAGCCACAGUUCCAGUUCCAGCACGGGUCACUAGUGGAAAAGAGAAGUCCUUCACUUGUCAAAGGGCGAUCCUGCCUCAGUCCAGGGAGACAGCUCUUCUUCCACCGAGACCUUGGGAACAUCUGCCCACUACACUACUCCCUGAAGCUGCUCCCGCGACCAGUGUCCCCUUGCCACCAGCUCCAAGCUGAGACCAGCCUCCCCCCCAGCGCCCUCCGUAGCCCAACCUUCCCUGACGUCCCCGGGGGCAACGUGCCCGGGGCGGGCCCACCUCCUGCCGCUCUGAGAGGAGGCUUCUUGUACAUGUAGCAUACACUGGACACGCUGCGGCCCAGCCCCGGGCCCCCGCCCCUCAGUCUCUUUGUGGAUUUGUCCCAUGCCCUCCCCGCACUGCAGCUGGACCUCCCACUGCUGUGCCCUGUGCACUCUCUUGCAGAGGAGCGUGUUCCACAAAAGGUCUCUGUCCCCGAGCCCCCCCCCCCACCAUCUGGUGCCCACCAUGGUAUGUCUCCCUCUGGUUCCAUCCUGUCUGUGCAUGGUGGGCAGAGGCCAGGCUUUGGGUGCCCAGCCUGACUGGUCCCUGAGGAGUUGAGUUAGUAGUGGGCGCUCUGCCCCCAGACAGGCUUCCUUCCCCCUUCCUUGAGCAAAAGUCCACCAUAAAGCACCAGGAAGGCCCAAGACUCACGUUAGUCGGGUCUGAUGUCCGUAUUCCUUCCAGGGAGAGCCUCUGAUGAGGGGUAAGAGGUUCCUUUGGAUGCUCCUUUGGGAAGUGGGCUUGGAGAGGGUCGGAGAGAGACAGGAAAAGAGGGAGGUUGAAGCUCGAAAAGGGGGGAAUUUGAAAGUGAGUGGUCUUUUCUAGGCUCCUGGAAGUGACAUCAUCACGUCUUAAAUAAAGCGGCCCCGGUGUGGCUGGGGAAGAUGGGCCUUGUGGGGAUUUCCGUUCUCUUGCUCCCAGAAACCAAGCUUGGGAGGGUUCUGACAGAAUGAUCAGGACACUUGGGCCAUUAUUCUCCAUCCCCACGGGCUUCCCAAAGCAUUCAUUGUUAACUAGCAUUUCUGAAGCACUAACUGGGGAAUCUGCCCCUUCCUCCUCUCCCACCUUCCCAGGGAAGCCUCCCAAGCACCUUAAGCAGAGAAAUGUGGAUUUUUGUGUGGCCAAAGUCAGAUGUCUUUCCACCCCGACCAAGGGUCCCUGUCCAAGGCUGCUGGAAGGAGACUCCCUCAGCUCCUCCCAUCUUCCCCAGCUCUGAUGGGGAGCUCCUUAUAAGAAAGUCAGAGGCCAAAUGCAGGGGCAAGGAGGGACUCAGAGAGAUCACAGAGCGGUCAUCAGUUGGCUCGGUCCAGGAGGAAGGGAGAUUAUGCCGGUGCUGUGAAACUUGGGCCCAAAUGCAGCCAUUUGGAGUCUACUCGUGGUCUGCCUCAGCAUCUGACUCUCCCACCCCCCUUGCCCAGGCUGCAAGACCAAGAGCUGGAUAUCACAAUGUAGAUCCAAAGCUGGAAAGGGAACCUCAGCGACUAUGGAGUCUCUUUUUCUUUGCUGAGGCAAUUGGGGCUAAGUGACUUGCCCAGGGUCACCUAGCCAGGAAGUGUUAAGUCUGAGUCAGAUUAGAACUUGGAUCCUCUGUGCUUCAGGGCCGGCACUCUAUUCACAGUACCAUCUAGCUGCCCAUAUGUAGUAUCCCUUUUUACAGAUGAGGAAACUGAGGCCCAUGGAAAGCAAAGGGACUUAUUUAAAGUCACGAAGAUGGUAAGCCUCAGAGGUAGGAUUUGAAUCUAUAUCCAUACUCAAGAGCCUGUCUUUCCAUUACAUCAGGGCCAAAUGCCUGCUUUUGCCUCUUAGAUAUGUGGAUCAAGGGGAACUCCCUGGGAAGUAUGGACGGGAGAUGGGCUUAAGGUUCCCCCAUCAACUUAAUCUCAGAUUUUCUAAAACGUUAGGGACAACAGCCAGCCCCACAUGCCAUAUUCUGUAGGAAAUACCCCGACGUGCCAUUGUAGCCAAGUCAGACUUUGUUCCCAGAAUCUGCCUAGGAUCCCUUCCCCUUUUCCUGACCUGCACUACUUGCACUACUGAUCUGUAGGAUUCAUCUCCAUGGGCUUCUAACCCCAAGGGAGUUCCCCUGCCCACCUGGAAGGGCACCAUGUCACAGAGGAUUAUUUUGGUCUUUGUUGUUCCCUUUGGUCCCAGGGGCUCCACCUCCCCAUAGACCGUCCUUAUUCCUAAAGAGUGUUUUCUCUGAUCAUAUUCAGUCUGUUCUCUCAAUCUAGAAAGUAGAAACUUUUUCCUGAGGUUUGAAACAAACCAAAGUUUAGUGCGGGAGGAGGCCCUCUGGUUCAGGAGACUGCCCCAGGUGCCCUUGGUGCAGAAGGAGGCUGCGUUUGUGAUUUGAUUUUAGCGUCGGAGAUGAAAAACACCUUUGAAGAAGUGCAGCCUCAUUGCUUUCAAGGAGACCCACUGUCUCUGAGUCUUGGCCAGAACUAGCAUUGCCUCUGACUUUCAAAAAAAUAGACAGGGCCCCGAUUUAAACCAAACUUUCAAACAAUUUCACGAGGAACAGAAGCUUCUAGCGAUGGGGGCCUUGGGGCCCACGUGCCAGGGCCUCCAAGAUCUUCCCUAACAAGGGGGUCCAUUCCAGGAAGAGGUCUUAGUCAGACUGCUUUAAUGAACAGAUCAGAGGCUCUUAAUUCCAAUCAAACAAUUCACAUGCAACGGACAUCUGGGCUGUUUUCCUUACCCAAGUUGAAGUGAACAGCUUUUCUUUUUCUUGAGCAACAAUAUAAUUUCCUACUGAUUUUUCCAUGAUAAGUUUUAGAAGCAAGGAACCCACUGAUUUGGAAUUUGUAACAAUUCAAUACUAGGCUGGGGUCUUUUUGUAUGUUGUUAGACGGAAACUUCAAAGUUACCUUUUGAAAGAUGAGGAAACUGAGGGGUUUUUUUUGUUUUUGCUCAAGACAACAAUCUGAGCACUUUGCAGAAAUAAUUUGCUCAAGGUCACUUAGUGUCAGAGCUGGGACAAUGACCCAGGCUUUCCCUCUCUCCAACCCUAGUCAGUCCUUUUUCCCCUUUCUCAUAGUAUCCACCUGAGACUUCCCUCUACACACUACCUAUAAGGAGAGGAGUUAGUUUAAAUAAAUUUUUAGUCUAAAUAAGAUUGAUCUUAUAAAGAAUCCUCUCAAAAGUUGACCUAGUCAGGUGCUCUUAAACAUUUCUUUGGCAGCACCCAUUUGUACAUAAAUAACGUGAUUAUUACGUGUGAUUCUUAUCUUUUUCUUCAAGCAGGUCAGUUAGAACUUGGCCACACUUUUCAUUGUGUCUGUAUGUCCUUGAAAGUCAUAAGCAAUGUUUAGUUGCAGAAUAUUCUGUAUUUCUUUUCACUUGUCACUAAUUCAGCCUGAGCCUUCUUGCCCUAGUGCCGUCCUGUCCCCUCCCCAGGUUAGUCAAAUAAGUAAAUUUUGACUGUAGCUGCUCCCGUCUGCUUGGAAGCAGCAGUGCCUUUAAUCAUGAUUUGGGGUGAUUGCUUUUUUAGGUCACAACGUGUCUCCCACCUGUGGAGCCUCAGGCUCCAUCUCCUCAUCCCUCCCUGGUUGGCUCUAAGCCCCUCAGCCCACCUCCUGGCAGACAGUCGUUCAUCCUCUCUGCUGUCCCUAGGAGUUGGAGGCUGGGAAGAGUAGAGCAGCAGCCUUGGAGUCCCAUUUCCUUAUGGUUGACUUCAGUAGCUUCUGAAAUGGCCGCCCUCCCUCUCUUUGGGUCUGGCACCAAGACCCAGCAUCCUGUAAAUACUAACCCCGCCGGCUUAAAGUGUGAACACUAUCUGCUCAUCUGUGUCCCCGUGCCUGGGAGAAGGAAGAAAACAAGGUUAAGAACAAGGUUCUUCCUUGUACCUCUGGAUUUCAACUUUGUUUACAGUACGCGAUCCAAACUUGGCUUUUAAACGACCUAAGACUUGAUGGCUCAGUAACUCCUCCCGGUGGGGGCCCACAUGCCGGGGUCCCCUGAGAACUUUUCUCAAAAUCGCUACUCCAGAAUGAGCAUUUCCUUCUCUGGGACUCUUGGCCUUUGGGGCUACUUUUGGGGUUUGCUGGCAUCAGGUGUAAAGAGUGAAAAGGUAGCAUUAUCUAUUGGUGGUUCUUGCUCAGUUUUGCUCAUUUAGAUGGUUCCCAUGAAGGAUUGGAAAUGUUUGCCUAUCUGUGAAGAAGGGGUUUGCCAGGUAGGAGGGUCUGUAGCUGGUAGGAGGGAGCGGGAAUAUAUCAUCUCCUUAAGGAAAUAAAGUGUCUCCAAGAACUUUCAGGGCACCUGACUGCUUACAGAUGACGAUUAAUUUGGUAGACAACCUGAUUCUUUACCAUUCCUAGUAAACCUUACUUAGGUCAGCUGUUUCUGCUUGGAAGGUGACAAGACUCUUCCAUUGGAGGAGUGACUUUGUCACUAUUUUAGAAGGCUUCAGAAUUCUGGAAGUUAGAGGCUGUUGGAACUGGCAGUAAAUUGGAGACCAUCCAUCCUGCUCCUUCAUCUUACACGUGAGCUAAACUGAGGCCCAGGGACACAAAUUAAUUUGCCCACAGUCACAUCAUCUCCGAGAUGAGACCAGACGCCAGGUUUCAGCUUCCACUUUUCCAUAAUACAAGCUAACCACCACCGCUCUCCCAUCCCCAUCCCCAUUAGUUGGAGCGAAUCACAUAAACGUUCUUACGAGAGUGAGUAAGUUGGACUCUCAGGGUUUGUCGUCUGAGUCAAGAAUAUGUAAGUCUGAUUUUCUGAGGUAGCGUGGAACUUGGCCCCAGAUGUGUACAGAGAAAGAGCUUAAUCGAUGUUUAGUUGAAUGAGGUGGAAAUGGACGGAGAAUUCGUUGACUUUCCCUAGUCAAAAUUCCUAGGACUUUGAACCCACCAAGAAACAAAAAGUCUGAUGGCCUCUAGAUCUUAGACUCAUUUUAGUCAUUGAAGGUUACGCUAGCUCCCUGAGCCCAAAUCUUUUGUAGGAGUUGGAGCUGGGGCCAAAAGUAAGGUAGAGUUUAAAUCCAGCUCAGUUCUCUCUUGGAAGAUAGCAAAGUAAUGUCUAAAGCUGUCUCUUCUAUCCUGGUGGUUCUCAAACUUUUAUUCUUGGUAUCUUUACACAAUUAAAAAUUACUGAAGUUCUGUCCAAAGAAGUUUUGUUUAUGUGGGUUAUAUUUAUAGAUUUUACCAUAAUAGAAAUACAAACUAAUUUUGAAUUUGAAUGUCUGGACCCCACUUUGAGAACCCAGUCUAUCCCUUACUACUUCACCAGAAUAAGCAGAAUGGGAGGCUAGAUUUUCAUUAAUUAAUUUAGAUGUUGCCCCAGAGCCCCUACAAAAACAUCUAUUUAUUACAUUCCUACACCCAAGCCUAGAGAAUGGUGGAAUUAUGUUGUUAGGGUUUUGGGGGGCAGCAGGGAGCAAGGCUCACAGAAAUAGAUCCUCAAAUGAUAUAGACCAAAGGGAUCAGCAUCCUCUAAUUGCUAAGGUGAUGGUGAGUUAGUAUUUUGGAAAUCAGGUUUCCAGGAACUUCUCUGGGAACAGAAGAGAGGUUACUGAGCACCCACAGCCAGUUCUGCACAGAGUUUGUUUGUUCAGGCUCCAGUUCCGUUCUUUUCUCUUGCAAAUCCUGAGGAAGAGAAGUCAGCCUGUGAGGCUGGCCUUUUAAACCUUUGUGUAUGUAUGUCACUGGAAUUCCCACCCCUCUGGGAGGAGAGCUGGGCCAGAAUAUGGAAGUGUCAGUUGGUGGGAGCAGAGUAGAGUAGGAACAGAGGGCCUCGAGUGACAAGAUGGCCCUAGAAGGAGGGUCUGGCUUCCCGCUUUGUGUCUAACUCCACUGGCGUAUGGGCGAACUCCAGAGCAAACAACUUCUCAUCCAUUCCUUUCUUUGUGACGUUCCACUUUCCUGAUUUUCUGCUAGAGUAUAGAAACCUGGUCCUUUCCAUUCCUCUCACUGAUUUCCUAGCAUGGUUAAAGACCCUCCCUUUUCUUUUUCAUAAAUGUCGUUUUGUGACGCUUUCCUAAGUGCAGCGAUGUUCACCUGUGAAGAGAGUUCUUGGAAGCAAUGAAAAUCUCAGAGCCACAUUCAGCUCUGACAGUGGUGGUGAUUAUCACGUUUCUUUUUCCUUUUUAGAGCGGAGAGGUGCUUUGUAAGUCUGAUUGCCUAUGCCCUGUAAAUAGUGUACAUUUAAUUUAUUGCUACGGUAACACGGUGUAUUGGUUAAUGUAUAAAACAAAUUCUAAAAGGUUCACAAAUGUAUAUUUUGUUGCUUAAAUGUGUCUUUGCAGAAAUUCACAAUAAAUAACAUAUUUUGUGUCCA